GAUGGCUGUUCUGGUGGCAGUUGUAGGGUGGGUGGACUGCUUCUCGGUUCUUGCUGUUCGUCGGCGACGAGGGCGGUUCCACGACCACAGGAGCUCGGGGUGCGUCCCCGGCUGAUACGCUUUCUCUGUGGUUUCCUGUUGCGGCUCAUGUCAACGCCUUCGUGCUAUGGAGUUCCUGUUGGUUUUGGGGUCCCUGACGUCCUGCUCUGGCGAUGGUUUCUGUCAUGGCGGAGGAAGACGUCGGCGGCGAGCGGUGCUUCCAAAAAGUGCAGAAGAUCCACAGGGCCUUGUUGUAAUUUCAUUUUUGUUUAGGAUCUUUUGUGCAAAUGUAUGUGGACAGCUGUCCCCUAUGUACGGUUCUAGAUGGUGCUUGUAUGGCCAUGGUCUUGUACUCGUAUGCUGUUUGGUUUAAUACAGGUACCGUUUAUCAAAAAAAAAAAAACGAAAGCAAGACGCCCCAUUUCUGCCGCGUUGACGCGCCAACCCGCCGCCACCGUUGCCGCGGCCGGGGCGGGCGCCAUGGUAGCAACUUUGCGGCCGUGACCCGUGGGCCGUGGCGAUGCGGAAGGAAGACGCCCCUCCUCUACCGCCGCCGCCGAUGCUCGCCGGCCGCUAUGCCGCCGUCGCCGUCGCCGUCGCCCUCGCCUUGCUGCUGUCGCCGGCCGUCGCCGAGGAGACCCCGCCUCCGGACUGCGACGCCAGCUCAGCCUACGCGCUCAACAGCACGUUCCAGGCGAACCUGAACCUCCUCGCCGCGGCCCUCCGCGCCAACGCCUCCGCCUCGCCGGCGGGCUUCGCGACCGCCUCCGCCGGCGCGGCGCCCGACCAGGCCAACGGCCUGGCGCUCUGCCGCGGCGACGCCAACGCCUCCACCUGCGCCGCCUGCGUCGCCGCGGCGUUCCGGGACGCGCAGCAGACCUGCCCGCUGGGCAAGGGCGUCACCGUGUACCGGGACGCCUGCGUCCUCCGCUUCGCCGGCAGGCAGUUCCUGGACUUCCUCAGAGGGGACCAGUGGCUCAUCUCGGAACUGGUUCCGGCGAUCAUGACGGACACAGCGAGGAGCGUCAACGCUUCGGAUGCCUGGUUCAGCGCCGCCGUCACGGGGACCCUCACGGCUCUGGUCAACCGCGCGGCGGCGGCGGCCAACGCGACGAGGAAGUACUUCGCCACGGCGGAGAUGGACUUCGACCCCAAGCUCUACGGGCUCGCGCAGUGCGCGCCAGAUCUGACGCCGGCGCAGUGCCAGGGCUGCCUCAGGAACCUCCAGAACGUAGUGGUGAGCGCGCGGUUCCUCAGCGGGCGGCCCCCCUCCAACAGCGCUUUCGUGGUGUGGUGCUCCCUGAGAUACAGCGUCUCCCCUAUCUACGACGGCCGGGCGAUGCUGCAGCUUGCCGCGCCGCCGGAACCACCACCAUCGGCCACGCUCACGCCCCCUUCUUCAGGGAGGAAAAGGAGUGUAGCUGGAAUCUCUGCAGGCAUCGCCUGUUUCGUUGCGUUGAUUUUGAUUCUCUUAGUAUUUUUCUUCCUUCGGUACAGGCGAAGGAUUAAGGCAACAGAGAACGACGAACACUCACCGAAGAAGAUAGGGAGAGCUCAAUGCACAAUCUUUGAUUUGCCAACAUUGCAAGCGGCAACGGAACACUUCUCAGAGAAGAAUAAGCUUGGAGCUGGUGGUUUUGGUACUGUGUACAAGGGGAUACUCCCUGACGGGCAAGAGAUAGCAGUCAAGAAACUUUUAGGAAGAGCUGGUCCUGGAUUGGAUCAGCUUCAAAAUGAGGUGCGGGUACUGGCAGAGCUUCAGCACAAGAAUCUUGUUGGGCUACAGGGGUUUUGCUCGCAUCAGAAUGAUACACUGCUAGUUUAUGAAUACAUCAAGAACGGGAGCCUUGACAACAUUCUAUUUGAUGAUAGCAAGGGAAAUUCACUUAACUGGGAGCAACAGUACAACAUCAUCCAUGGAAUUGCAAAGGGGAUAUUGUAUCUGCAUGAGGACUCAAGCAUGAGGAUCAUCCACCGGGAUCUAAAGUCAAGUAACAUUCUUCUUGACGACAACAUGGAGCCAAAAAUUGCAGAUUUUGGGUUGGCAAGGCUUCUAGGAGAAGGCCACACCCAUACUCGGACAACCAGGGUUGUUGGGACAUUUGGCUAUAUGGCGCCAGAGUAUGCAUGGAGGGGUAGCGUGUCGCCGAAGAUCGACAUCUUCAGCUUUGGCGUGUUGGUCCUUGAGAUUGUAACCAGGAGAAGCAAUUGCAGCUCUGACGACCACAGUACUGUGAAUCUCCUUACUGAUGUCUGGGAUCACUGGACAAAACAGACAGUGUCGCAAAUGCUUCACCCGUCGCUGGACGAGUUUGCUCGAAGCCAGGCGCUGCGAUGCAUCCACAUCGGUCUGCUGUGUGUUCAGACGGAGCCGGACGACAGGCCUGACAUAUCAGCCGUGGUGUUCAUGUUAACUAGGGAUAGCAUGGAGCUUCAGCCGCCUGCUCAGCCUGCAUUCUUCUUUGGGAGAGAAUCACCUUCAGCCUCACGGUCAGAUGGUCAAAGAAGCUAUGUAUAUGACCGGUCUAGUUUCAUAUUGGAACAGGACAUCUCAGUGAAUGAGGUUACACUUACUGAACCCUAUCCUAGAUAGGACCAAAUUUGUGAAUACUGAGCACAUAGAAUGCAGCUAAACUCAACCACUUUUUGAUUACGUUGCGAAGAGUGCCUGAAUUUCCAAGCAAAAAUGUUUUUUCAUAGACUUUACCAGGAAAAAAAAUAUAAGUCAACCACUUCUGGGCACAACAUCCACAAAUUUUGUUCCAUUCAGCUUAAUUUUAUCAAGGAUUGAUCACAAAUUAAAGUUUGAUGUGUUCGCCAUGUUCUACAACAGCGAGAUAUGCAAGGAUUAUCACUAUUUUUGUAACAAUUUAGCAAAAGCAUUCCUGCUACAUUUGUGAAUAUCCCUCCGGCGUUGCAAAGCAGGAUGAGAUCCAAUGUUUACUACGAGGCUAGUGAGUUGGUGGCGUCACUGCAAAUUUCAUAGAGAGCGAAGUGGUAGGCGACAUGCCCGUCAUUAGGGAGACGUCAAUGGUGGCUUCGUCAAGCUCAAGGAUCUGCCAGUUCAGUCUCUCGGAGGUGAUCAUAGAGGUAGGGUUGCGUGCGUGUAUUUAUAGAGGGGCAACAACUACCUCUGCUUGGGAGAAUUAUCUGAACAACAGGAGCUGGAUGCAUUGGAGCGCCUCCUGCCUGAGAAGCUGAAGCAAUUGGGCUGCUCUCAUCACCUCAUGAGCUGCUGCCUCCACUUGCCCCAAAGAAGGCCAUAGGUCCUACUGGAGAAGCUGGACCAUUGGACGCGAAACCACCAGGCAAUCAGGCAUCCCUUGCAGGUAACUGCCCCAUGUUGCCUUGGUAAAGACCUCCAUGGUAGUCUUUUGGUGUGGAUUUGGGGGUGGAUAGUUCAAAGAGUAUUGUGGUAGAUGGAAAUUUUGGUAGUGUUGUGCGUUUGGAUCUGGUGGGUCUGAACUCAUGCCUGAGUUGAGAAAACGUGUAUUUGGAUCCAUAUCUGUUGCCUGCUUAAACGGAUGCAUUGUAUAUAUAGAACAUGUGUAUAUCCUACACAACAACGGUCAUGUGCGGAGGAAA